UUUGUUGUAAUGUUGAUAUGGUAUCUAAAUCACUUUUUCAAAAAUUUCGAAAUAAAAUUAAAGAAUUAAAAGGAGUUACCACUGAAAUUUUUAACUCAGAGGCUAAAAAGUUUGUGGAAAAUGAAGAUGCAUCAUUAAAGAAUGCUCUGAAUGAUCUGCCCUUUAAAAAUAUAGCCAAGGUUGUUACCAAUUCAACACAUAAACUUGGGUUUAUUAGACAAUUAAUGGAACAGUAUCUGGCUUCUUACUGCAAUGCAACUAUUUCUACAGAUGUGUCUGAUUUACCUGAAAUUGACAUUUCUAUCUUUGUAAAUGAUAGCACAAUACCAGUGAGCAGCAGCCCAACUCUCACGUUAAAAGAUCUACUUAGCAAAGUGCAUUACAGCUUUUGGGAUAUGAUCAAAAUUUUUUUUAAAAAAUUAUUUUCGGGAUUUAAGGAUACCGAUCCAAGACGUCCAUUAUUGGAACCAGAAAUUAAUGCUUUCCUUAAGGAAUUAGAGGAACAUUUUGUAAAAGACUGUCAUGAAUAUUUUGAAAAGAUUAAACCAGGAAUAGUACAGAGCUAUCUAGAAGAGCAUAGAAAAACUGCUGAGAAACACAUAACUGAUGUGGAACAGCAAUAUUCCAGACAAAGAGAAGCGAUGGAUGCUCAAGUUAGAGAAUGGAGGAAACAAGCUAGAUUUAAUAGGGAAACGGUCAAAUCUCAUUCUGAUUUAAUUGAUAAUCUGGAGAAGCAAAAGGUUCAUCUUUUAUCUCUAGCCAAUCAAUUUGGAAUUUCCUUGUGUCCCAAACAAGAUUAUUAGUAGUGUAACAAGAUUAAUAGUGUGUGUGUGUGUGGACUUUUGUUUGUUUGUAGUUUUAGAUCUAACUAUAAUAAUAGUGAUAGUUACAAUUAAUUAAACUUAUAAUUUUUGCUUGCUUUAUGUCUAUUAUGUUUGUCUAUAUUAUGCUAUUAUAAUUUGAGCUGAUCACAAGUUUUCAAAGCAAA